AUGAAAUUAUACAAACUUUUUUCCGAAGGAAGCAAAAUAAAUCAAAUAAUAUGUGCCGUCCUGAUAAAUCUUCCGGUGCUGUCAUAUGGGGCAAGCAUUGGCUGGGUGUCUCCUAUGACGCUCUUGUUGCAGUCAGAGAAUUCACCGAGAGGUGUACCGCUUACUAAUGCUGAGGUGUCAUGGAUGGCAGCUAUACCAUACUUGGUAUGCGUGCCCUGUAAUCUGCUGGUUGCGGUCAUAGCGGACAAAGUCGGACGGAAGAUUGCGCUUAUUAUCAUUUCACUAGCCAGCGCUGCAAGUUGGGUUUUACUGCUGUCCUCUUUGGACACCUGGGCCCUGAUCCUAGCGAGGGCCCUUGUAGGUGUUACGAUGUCAGGGUGCUACGUCACGUGCCCGAUAUACACCAAAGAGAUCAGUGACGACAGCAUCAGGGGGGCUUUGGGGUGUUUGGUAAUACUAUUUCAUACAACGGGAAAUCUCUUUCUGUAUAUUAUUGGUGAUCUGUUGAGCUAUAACCACAUCCUCUGGAUCUGCUUGACGAUACCAACGGUACAUGUCGUCGCGUUUCUGUUUAUGCCAGAUUCUCCUUCUUUUCUCGUGAAGAAAGGCAAAAUUGAGGCCGCAUGCAGUGCUUUGGCGUGGCUUAAAUGUACUACGGAGAAUGAUUCGAAAGUUCGAGAAGAACUCGAAGUUAUAACUAAAGAACAGAAAAACGACGAAAGCAGCAAGUUCUCACUUAAAGAAAUAUUCGUCGACAAAACUCUAAGGAGAGCUUACCAAAUAGCCCUGGUAGUGGUAUUAGCAAGGGAAGUCUGUGGUGCUGUACCGGUUUUGAACUUCGCUGGCGAUAUAUUCAACCUGGCGUCAAAAGAUACUGGGUUGGUGCUGACUCCUAACCAGCAGGCUAUGCUGCUUGGUGCUGUCCAGGUCGUUGGGUCAGUUCUAGCGUCAAGCGUCGUUGAGAAAUCUGGCAGAAAGCCUCUCCUCUUCUUGACAUCUCUCGUGUCUGGUAUCAGUAUGUGUGUCCUUGGCACCUGGUUCCUCUUGCGAGACUUCAAUAUCAGCGCGCCAUCUUGGCUGCCAUUACUGACGCUAUGCGUUUGUAUCUUCUGCGACUCGUCUGGUCUCCAACCCAUCUCCAUUGUUCUAUCUGGAGAGAUAUUCUCUUUUAAGUAUCGAGGUACAGUGAUGGCUACAACAAUGUUAUGCGCUUCGAUGAUGGAUUUCCUACAACUCUUAUUCUUUAAACCUUUAGCCGAUGCUGUGGGUAUCCAAGUAUCAUUCUACUUCUUUGGAAUCGUCUGUUUGCUGAUGGCUGUUUACGUCAUCAUCAUCAUACCGGAGACGAAGGCGAGGUGCCUCGAAGAUAUUUACAAAGAUCUCUUCAGAAAGAAAAGAAAGAUAAGGGAUAAGGAAGUUACGGGGACUUAAGAAAAUAUUUCUAUUACAAUAUUUUUUUUUU